AUGUUGCCAGUCCUUGACACUCUUCCUGUAUGGAAUCUAAAGGGCAUUAUAGCCAUAAUAUUACUUCAUACAGCAGUUUCUGAGCCCCUCUAUUAUUUCAUUCAUAAAUGGUUUCAUCGAGACUAUCUUUUCAACCAUUACCAUUCAUUGCACCAUUCAUCAGCUGUACCACAGCCUAUUACUGCUGGACAUGGCUCCUUUUUGGAAAAUCUUGUAUCGAGUGCAGUAAUUGGAAUUCCGAUACUUGGUUGUUGUAUGAUUGGAUGUGGAUCGAUAAGCUUGAUCUAUGGCUAUGUCUUGAUCUUUGAUUUUCUAAGAUGUUUAGGGCACUCCAACGUCGAAAUUAUUCCCCAUCAGUUAUUUGAAAGGAUCCCAUUUCUUAGAUAUAUACUCUCUACCCCAACAUAUCACAGCCUGCAUCACAAAGAAAUGGACACCAAUUAUUGCCUUUUCAUGCCUCUCUUUGAUGCAUUUGGAAACACUUUGAACAUCAAAUCGUGGGAGAUGCAUAAGAAAAUUAGUCAAAAUUCAGGUGAAAAUGGAAGAAUCCCAGAUUUUGUAUUUCUAGCUCAUGUUGUAGACAUUUCGUCCGCCAUGCACGUGCCUUUCGUAUUAAGAACAUUAGCAUCUCUUCCCUACACUACAAGAAUUUACAUGCUACCGUUCUGGCCCAUAUCCUUUGUGAUGAUGUUAGUGAUGUGGGCUAAGUCUAAAACCUUCUUGAUCUCAUUCUACAACCUUAGGGAUCGGCUGCACCAAACGUGGGCUGUACCCCGUUUCGGAUUUCAGUAUUUCUUACCAUUUGCUGCACAAGGCAUCAAUCAGCACAUAGAAGAGGCUAUUCUCAGGGCUGAUAGAUUGGGAGUUAAAGUUAUUAGCCUUGCUGCUCUAAAUAAGAACGAGGCACUCAAUGGAGGUGGGACGCUAUUUGUAGAUAAGCAUCCAAACCUCAAGGUUCGAGUUGUACAUGGUAAUACCUUAACAGCAGCUGUGAUUCUUAAUGAGAUCCCUGAGGAUGUGACUGAAGUGUUUUUGACUGGAGCAACCUCGAAACUCGGAAGAGCAAUUGCUCUUUAUCUUUGUAGAAAAGGAAUCCGAGUUCUGAUGCUAACUCUAUCAACAGAAAGAUUUCGAAAGAUUCAGAAAGAAGCACCAGUUGAUUAUCAGAAGUAUUUAGUCCAAGUGACUAAGUACCAAGCAGCCCAAAACUGUAAGACAUGGAUAGUUGGCAAGUGGAUCACACCAAGAGAGCAAAAUUUUGCCCCAGCUAGAACACACUUUCAUCAGUUUGUGGUUCCACCUAUAUUGCAGUUCAGAAGAAACUGCACUUAUGGAGAUCUUGCAGCCAUGAAGCUGCCUGAAGAUGUGGAAGGGCUAGGAUCUUGUGAAUAUACAAUGGACAGAGGAGUAGUUCAUGCAUGCCAUGCUGGUGGAGUUGUUCAUUCAUUAGAAAGCUGGAACCACCAUGAAGUUGGAGCUAUCGACGUCGAUAGAAUUGAUUUAGUGUGGAAAGCUGCACUCAAACAUGGUUUGAAGCCAGUCUCAGCAGAUACCAAAAAAUAA